AUGAUAAUUUUAAGUUAUUAAUUUCAAAUAAUAAAUAGUAAGCAUAUAUAGAUUAGAAAUGGUUAUACUAACGGGACUAACUGUAUCAAACAUAGCCAGUGCCGGCACUGCAACACUAGUUGCUCCUGAAUUGACCAGUUUUGCCGUGAAAGCCACAGCUAGUGUCCAAUCGGUAAGUGCUUUGUCGGGCACUGCAAUCGGACUGUUGGCAAACUAUGUUAGCAAAAGCGACACAUUGGCCACAGUUGUCGGUUCGUCAUUGAUGGCCGCUAUUACCGCACCGAUAGCUAGUAGUUUAUGUAGUUUUAGUAGUCCAUUGAUAGCCGCCUAUAACGGUGUAGUGGCGGCGGCUGCUUAUACCUCGACAGUUAGCGGCACUAAAGGACUACUGUCUGUCAUAGCAACUGAAAGUUUAAUGUCUGGACCGUUGGGUUGGCUUACUUUGGGCACAAUAACCGACUCUACCGAGACAUCUAAUGCCACUUAUGAUUGUUGGAAACCCGUAUUACACGACUCGAGUCGGGAGCUGUCAUCGGGAGUCAUAUUGCGCGACAUUAUGCGAGACAGUCGUCUGAAAGGUAUCCACUGUUCAGAUGAUUAUACUAUAAGUUUGUUUAACAUAUGGGACGAACAGUUUGAGCUCCAGUAUGUUAAUGUACCAAAUUAUGGACUGGCCCUACAUGCUCAGUUUGUUGGCCAAUUCAAAUAA